UAUUUCAGGAUCACCUUUCAUAUUUCCACUUUGUGGGCCGGGUAAUGGGGCUGGCAGUUUUUCAUGGUCACUACAUCAACGGGAGCUUCACGCUGCCCUUCUACAAACAGCUGUUAGGCAAACCCAUUCAGCUCAAUGACCUGGAGACCACCGACCCAGAGUUGCACAAGAGUCUCAUCUGGAUAUUAGAGAAUGACAUCACCUCGGUCCUGGACCACACCUUCUGCGUGGAGCAUAACGCCUUUGGGAAGUUUCUACAACAUGAACUCAAACCUAACGGCCGUAACAUUCCCGUUACUGAGGAGAACAAGAAGGAAUAUGUGAGGUAA